CGGAAGAGAGAGGAGGAAGGGGAGAAGAAGCAAGCGAAGCGAGACGAGAGCAGAGCAUUGCCGCGUAGCCGCCCCCCGCUCCCGGAAGACAAAUCAAUCCCCAAUCCCCCCCGUCCCCCAAAAUCCCCUGGGGAUUCACCGACAGGCCCCCCCGCGCCGCCGGCCCCCGUAUCUGCACUCCUCGCACGCGGCGACGCGCAUUGCUAUUUCAUUCCCUCUCUUUUCUUCUUCCCCUAUUGGCAUCACCCGUGCGAUUAGCAUGUCUCUGCCCAAUGCCACCGCCUCGCCGCCGCCGUCGCCGGAACCCUAGGCCGCAGGACUCCGAGCUCCCGUCGGCGGGGGAGGGGGAGGAUGCAGCUGCGGAUCUCGCCGAGCAUGCGCAGCAUCACCAUCUCCAGCAGCAAUGGCGUCGUCGACUCCAUGAAGGUGCGCGUCGCGCCGCAGCCGCCCCCGCCGCCGCCGCCGCUGCACGGGGCCGCCCGGCGCGGCGGGGGAGGUGGAGGGGGGUGGUACUGGCGCGCAGUCGCGUUCCCGCUCGUCGUCGCGCUCGGCUGCCUCCUGCCCUUCGCCUUCAUCCUCGCCGCCGUUCCCGCGCUCGAGGCAGGCGGAAGCAAGUGCUCCUCCGUCGAUUGCUUGGGGAGGCGAAUAGGGCCUAGUUUCCUUGGUAGGCAGGGGGGUGAUUCUACAAGGCUGGUGCAAGAUCUGUAUAGAACUUUUGAUCAAGUUAACAACGAGGAAUCCCCAUCCGAUGAAAAGUUACCAGAAUCAUUCAGGGAUUUUCUUUUGGAGAUGAAGGAUAACCAUUAUGAUGCUAGAACAUUUGCUGUUAGAUUGAAAGCUACGAUGGAAAACAUGGAUAAGGAGGUAAAGAGGUCAAGGUUGGCAGAACAGCUGUAUAAACAUUAUGCUGCAACUGCUAUUCCCAAAGGAAUCCAUUGCUUGUCUCUGCGCCUUACUGAUGAAUACUCCUCAAAUGCUCAUGCACGGAAACAGUUACCACCACCAGAGUUGCUACCUUUGCUUUCUGAUAAUUCCUUCCAACAUUACAUUCUAGCCAGUGAUAACAUUCUUGCUGCUUCAGUUGUUGUGAGCUCAACUGUACGAUCUUCCUCAGUGCCUGAGAAAGUAGUCUUCCAUGUUAUUACUGAUAAGAAAACAUAUCCUGGGAUGCAUUCAUGGUUUGCUCUUAAUUCCGUAUCUCCUGCAAUAGUUGAAGUAAAAGGUGUUCACCAAUUUGACUGGCUGACAAGAGAAAAUGUUCCAGUACUAGAGGCUAUAGAAAGCCAUCGUGGAGUCAGAAAUCACUAUCAUGGAGAUCAUGGAACAGUUUCCAGUGCAAGUGACAAUCCUAGGAUGCUUGCUUCAAAGUUGCAGGCUCGAAGCCCCAAAUACAUAUCCCUGCUGAACCAUCUCCGCAUUUAUUUGCCUGAGCUCUUUCCCAACCUCAACAAGGUGGUUUUCCUCGAUGAUGACAUUGUUGUUCAGCGUGACUUGUCUCCCCUUUGGGCUAUCAAUCUUGAAGGGAAGGUAAAUGGAGCUGUGGAAACAUGCAGAGGGGAAGACAGCUGGGUGAUGUCUAAGCGUUUCAGGACAUAUUUCAACUUCUCGCAUCCUGUGAUAGCUCGGAGCCUUGACCCAGAUGAAUGUGCUUGGGCAUAUGGUAUGAAUAUAUUUGAUCUGGCAGUUUGGAGGAAGACAAACAUCAGGGAUACAUACCAUUUCUGGUUGAAGGAGAAUCUAAAAUCUGGUCUUACACUCUGGAAAUUUGGUACCUUACCACCAGCCCUUAUAGCAUUUAGGGGUCAUGUGCAUGGUAUAGACCCAUCAUGGCACCUGCUUGGCUUAGGAUACCAAGACAAGACAGAUAUUGAGAGUGUCAGGAGGGCUGCAGUGAUACAUUACAAUGGCCAGUGCAAGCCAUGGCUAGACAUUGCUUUUAAGAACCUACAACCAUUUUGGACAAAUCAUGUAAACUACUCCAAUGACUUCGUUAGAAACUGCCAUAUUUUGGAGCCUGAGCGUGUCAAGGAGUGAUUUGCAGCAAAUGCUGGACAUAGCGAGGGAGUAUAGUUUAUGGUUCGCUUGUUGGCUGGAGAGGCUGAUUGCUGCUGUAUAAGUAUAAUAGGUAAUCAAGAAAGCAACCGGCAUUCAAUACAACUGACCAUCCCCUGCGAAAACUGGCAUUCAAAUAUCUCAGGAGUCUUCAUCUGUAUCAUAGGGGAACACAAUUCUUACCAUCUGUAUCAUACUGUUGCAUCAUUCUUUUCUAUACUGUAACUGCGGAAAAGGAGAUCUGGGACUGGGCUGACCUUUGGUCGCAGAAUAAUUCAGAAGGCUAGAAGAUUGAGUGAUUGGUUGAUCAAGACGAAGAAAGGAGGCGGAUAUUGUGUGGUGGCAAGUUUAUAUGCUUUCCAUCCAUCCAUCCAUUUAAUUCUUUUUACACUCGAGUCAUUGAAAUUUUGUUCUGGUAGUUUUGUGAUUGAUUUGGUAGGUUGGAGAUGAUUGUAGUAGAGAUGCCAUUGUUUGUGGAGUAACCUACAGGAUAUUGUUACAAUUGUUGACAUACUAUAGAUGUGCAGAUAAUUCUUACAAGAGUAUUUGCGC